GCUUCAGUUGGAGGGCAAGAGCUUCUUGGCUGGGGUGCCUCUGGACAAAGUGCCUGGCAAAGACUUGCAUGAUAAGCGUGGCUGGUUGAUGAAUGCGACAUGGGAGCAGUUUUCAGCUCUGAAGACUUGGAGUGUCAGCAUGGUGCCUGGCAAGGGUGUGGUCAUCCCCGGUGACCAUUGCUUCUUGUGCGCGACUCUCGAUGACAGCCAUGGUGGAAGAGUGCACAUGCUGAUGGAUGGGCAUGCCCAGCGAACCCUGGAGGUUUGUCACAAGCAAGUGCAAGACAAUGCAGCCCUGCAAGGUCUCAAGACUGGAAAGCUGCUUGAAGCUUUGCAGCUGCAGCUGAAGGCACCGACAGACGCCGAGAACUUGGCCUUGACAGAAGCAGCAGCGCAGCCCCCGUUGAAGCGCUUGAAGUCCACCCCUGCUUUGGGAAGUGCUGGCUCAGGAUCUACUGCGUAG